AUUUAAUCUCAGCUAAGAAGGCAAUAGCAAACCACAGCUAUACUGGUGCAAAAAAUUGGUAUGGAUGGAGCCACAAGUCACUGCGAGUGACCUGACAACUUGACAUUUUUGAAAUGCUCAGGGGACGAUACACUGCCACUGUUUCGUGCAAAUUUUUUGUUGCAAACUCCUUCCUUUGGGUAGUUUACACAUCACACUGAGUCAUGGGUUGUUUGGUAACCUAACUGAAUCAACCAAAACAUUAAGCCCAAUCCAGGCAAAAUUUAUCCUUUACCACAAGGAGUGAAUUCAAUGCCAUAGUUUACUUCCCAAGAUCCUAGUCGUCCAGUUGCAAUCCGGGUAUAACAGUACGACUCCCUCUCCAAAACAAACCGGAAGAUCCCCAUCCAGCGGCAUUUUGAAAUCCCCCACGCAGAAAAUAACCUCUGCCAAGGAAGAAGAGGAGGACGGGAGACAAAAAGCUUUAGGGGAGCCACUUGCACCCUAACCCCAAUCCGGGAAGGGAGGAAAAAAAAAUGCGGGCUUGAACAACUUCCUACUCCGCUGCCAGCAAGCAACCGCUAAAGACCAACCCUUUAACUGCCGCCAACGUGGAGCUUAAUUUCUGCCCUCUGCAAACGGCGGCGGCGGCGGUGGCGGCAGCAGCAGCGUGGAGGAAGCGAUGAAUGGUCAGAAAGGGGCGGUGGCUGACUCUUUGCCCUCCCCAGACGGUUGCCGUGCCGGGUUUUCUGCCUGUAGUUCGCGGCGUCCCUGAGUUCUCCCAGCGGCCGCGGGGGUAAAGGCUGCAGAAGGGCUCCUCGGAGAAAGGAGCGAAACGCGAGCAGCGCGGCUUCUUCGCUUCCCUCCUCCAGGGCUUUCUUUCUUUUCUUUUCUUUUUUUUUUUUUGGCGGGCGGGUAAGGAGAGUUUCUGCCAUGACUACAUAUAGCGGCGCUGAGUGAGCGCGCAUUCCCGAGCUGCCGCCGCCGCCGCUGCUUCUGGGCACCAUGAGGGGACUGGCGAAGGUUUUUUUCCUGGUUCUGCUGUAUCUCGGCAAGGUAAAAGCCACUGCUGCAUGUGAUACCGAAUGCAGUCUCUUAAAUGAUGUAACAGUAACAGAAACAACAAUAAGGCUCCAGUUGAACAAUAGUUCUGCAAGAAUGAGUGCAACAUUUCAAAAUGGAUCAACUGUAGGUGAUUCUGGGAACAAUUCAAUAUCUGGGCUUUAUCCUGGUCUUCAGUAUAUCAUUCAUUUCAAUAAUACUAUUGAAGCUUGCUGCAAAUACAUUUUUACAAAGCCAGGUCCUGUUCACAGUAUUCACGCUGAAAAUAUCACCAACACAACUCUGAACUUAAGUUGGAAAAAUGAUGAUAUAAAUGCAUCCAAUUACACUUACCGAAUAGAUAUUGAUGGACUGGGUGAUUUGCGUAAUAAAAGUUCUAAUAAAUGGAGUGUGCCAAUUAGUAACUUACAACCUGGAACGUCAUACAGAUUUAAAAUAUAUCCACAAGUAGAUGGCGGUAAGACUGAAGGAAACCCAAAUGAAGCAGUUGUUUACACCAAACCAAAUCCAGUUUCUAGUAUCCAUGCUAACAAUCCCAAUUCCACAUCAAUAAUUCUGACUUGGAACAAUGAAGAUGUAAAUGCUUCUAGCUAUAUUUACAAAAUAUUUAACAAAGGACCUGAUUUUCAUAAUGAUGCCUUUUCUAAUACUGGAAAUAUAACAUUCAGUAAUUUGCAACCUGGAACAUUAUAUAGCUUUGAAAUAGCUGCACAAAUAAAUGGGACCAAUACUACAGGAGACACAAAAGAAAUAAAUCUUCGUACAAAGCCCAGUCCAGUAUAUGAUAUUAAAGCUGAAAACAUCACUAAUGCAUCCCUGGAUUUAACAUGGAAAAAUAAUGAUACAAAUUCAUCAAAUUACACUUAUCGAAUAUCUAUUGAUGGACCUGGUCGUUCUGAUAAUAUAACUUCUAAUACUACCUAUGUAUCAAUUUCUGACUUGGAACCUGGAACGUCAUACAAGUUUGAAAUAUAUGCACAGGUUGAUGGUAAUCAAAUUGAAGGGGAUCCAAAUGAAAUAAAUGUUUAUACAAAGCCCAGUCCAGUAUAUGAUAUCAAAGCUGAAAAGAUCACUAAUACAUCCCUGGAUUUAACAUGGAACAAUAAUGAUACAAAUUCAUCAAAUUACACUUACCGGAUAUAUAUUGAUGGACCUGGUGGUUUUAAUAAAACUUCUAAUACUACCCAUGUAUCAAUUUCUGACUUGGAACCUGGAACGUCAUACAAAUUUGAAAUAUAUGCACAGGUUGAUGGCAAUCAAACUGAGGGGGAUCCAAAUGAAAUAAAUGUUUAUACAAGACCCAGUCCAGUGUAUGAUAUUGAAUUUGAAAAUGUCACCACCACAACUCUGGAUAUAAAGUGGAAAAAUAAUGAUACAAAAGCAUCUAAUUAUACUUAUCAAAUUUAUAUCAAUGGAACUGACAGUACAACUUCUAAUAUUCCGUAUGUGAAAAUUGUUGGCUUGGAACCAGGAAUAUUAUACAAGUUUAAAAUAUAUGCAGAAAUUGGUGGUAAUAAAGGAGAGCCAACAGAUUCAAGUGUUUAUACAAAGCCCAGUCCAGUUUAUGAUAUUAAAGCUGAAAAUAUCAAUACUACAUCCCUGGAUUUAAGUUGGAAAACUAAUGAUACAAAUGCAUCAAAUUACAUUUACCUAAUACAUAUUGAUGGACAUUCUUUUAGCAUCUUUUCUAAUACUACACAUGUGUCAAUUACUGACUUGGAACCUGGAAGUUUUUACAAGUUUGUAAUAUCUGCACAAAUCAAUGGCAGUAAAACUGAAGGAGACCCAAAUGAAAAAAAUGUUUAUACAAAACCUAGUUCAGUCUACGACAUCAGAAUUGAAGAUGUCAGUACAACUGUGGUCAACGUAUCAUGGAAAAGUCCUGAUGCAGCUGCUUCUACAUACUCUUAUAGGGUACUCAUCGAUAGAAAAUCUGAUCAAAUAUCCCCAACUACUAGCACUGAAAUUUCAGAGCUAAAUCCUGGUACUGGGUAUCAAUUCAGCAUAUAUUCCAUAGCAGCAGAUAACAAGACUGAAGGAAUACCCGAGAGCAGAAAUCAUUGUACAAAUCCAGCAUCAGUGGAUAGAUUGGACUGCAAUCCGGUAGAAAAAAAGGCAGAAUUAAGUCUAAACUGGACUACUCCAAAAGGAGAUUAUAAAGGCUUCAGAAUUAAGGUUCUAAACAAUAGUUGGAACAAGACUUUGGAGGAACAAAAAAACCAAACCAUUGUGAAAAACCUGACUUACUUUACCAGUUAUACCAUUAAAAUUGUCACCCUUUCAUGUGAGAAAAUGAGUGUUCCUCAGGAAAAAAUAUGCCGCACAGGUAUCACUGAUCCCCCACCUUUGACCAAGUCCCCUACUGUCAAGGCAACCAGCCACAACUCUUUAAAUGUUCAGUUCAACAGUUUCAGUUCAAGUCAUGGACCUAUAACAGCAUAUGCAGUAAUUAUUACCACAUCAGAAGGUAAUGUCUCAAAUGAGGCUUUAAAGUACACAUAUAAUGAUUUCAGGAAUAAAGAAACAAAUAGUUACGUUGCAUAUAUCAAAACUGAAGAAAAGCGUUCAUUUUCUACCAAAAAUCAGGAUUAUGAUGUUGAAAUAGGAAGUGAAUCUACAACAUAUGGUUAUUUUAAUGGAAAAUUAGAUCCUCUAAAUUCAUACAGGGCAUGUGUUGCUGCUUUCACUAGAAUUGCGUUUUUGAAUGAGACCUUUGUCAACACAGAGAAGAGUUAUGUUUCAUUUUCACCUCUUUCACCAUUUGUUAUCUUACCUCAGAAUCCAGCUGUCAUUACAGGAGGUGUUGUUGGAAGCAUUCUGGUUCUGUUAGUUAUUGUUGCCGUUGUGGGAUUUGUCUUCUGGAAAAAGAAAAGGAAAGGUAGAAAUAACGAAGUGCCAUUUGCUCAAAUUGAACCUAAAAAAUCAAAGUUACUUAAAGUUGAAAAUUACGAAUCUUAUUUUAAGAAACAGAAAGCUGACUCAAACUGUGGGUUUGCCGAAGAGUAUGAGGAUCUCAGGCCAGUUGGUGCUAAUCAGCCUAAAUUUGCUGCUGAAUUGUCAGAAAACAAAGGAAAAAAUAGAUACAACAAUGUUUUGCCUUAUGAUAUUUCUCGUGUUAAACUUUCAAUUCCAAAUCAUUCAACUGAUGAUUACAUUAAUGCAAAUUAUAUGCCAGGGUAUAACUCCAAGAAAGAGUUUAUUGCAGCACAAGGCCCUUUGCCUAACACUGUGCAAGAUUUCUGGCGCAUGAUCUGGGAGAAGAAGAUUUACACAGUUGUUAUGUUGACUAAAUGCAUUGAACAAGGCCGGACAAAAUGUGAAGAGUAUUGGCCAAACAAACAGUCUAAGAACUAUGGGGAUAUAAUGGUGGCCAUGACUUCAGAAAUUUUCCUACCUGAGUGGACAAUAAGAGAUUUCUCCAUAAAGCAAAGUGAUUCACCGGAAAGUCAUCCUGUGCGUCAGUUUCACUUCACUGCCUGGCCUGAUCAUGGGGUUCCAGAAACCACUGACCUCCUCAUCAGCUUCAGGCAUUUGGUCCACGAAUUCAUGAAGCAGAAGCCACCAUCUUCUCCAACCUUAGUGCAUUGCAGUGCUGGUGUUGGGAGGACAGGAACUUUCAUUGCGAUUGACCGUUUGAUACAACAAAUGGAGAUGGAGAACACUGUUGAUGUGUACGGCACUGUAUAUGAUCUACGAAUGCAUCGAUCUCUAAUGGUACAAACAGAGGACCAAUAUGUUUUCCUAAACCACUGUGUUAUGGAUAUUAUUAAAUCUAAGAAAGAGAAGAAAGCGGAUCUCAUCUAUCAGAACACAAAUGCCAUGGCAAUCUAUGAGAACUUCACACCAUCAUCACCAUAUAUUGGGAGGGCAAAUGGCUACCACGUAUAACUAGAAAGGAAUGACUUGCUUCCCAUUUGGGCCCUUUGCAGAGGAGAGAAAGAAUAUGCACUGCUUUUGUAUGACUUUAUAUACAAAGACUUCAGCACCUGUUUUGAAGAUACACGUGUUAAAUUGCCAGUGGAAACUGUGGAUUCAAUAUAGUGUUAAAAGAAAAAAAA